AUGGCACAACGAGGCCAGAUGUCACAUCCUAUGGCCAUGGGCCGGUCUAAAUCUCAGCAAUCCUUAAAUUCCCCCGAACAGACACAACAUCACCAGCAUCGUGCUUCCUUGGGGCAUGGCUCAGAAUUUGGAGCCAGCAGCAUGUCACGGACAUCGACACAGCAGUCGUCGAACCCCGCAGCCUAUCAGACGUGGUUGACUGCGCCUCGACCAAAUAUCAUCAGCCCACCAGCCGAGCUCACCGGUUACGCCUCGUGGGAUACAGAGUACGCGCUACCGAUGUCAGCAGCGACGGUAUCACAUUAUGGGCCGAGGCCGAAUACAUCGAACAGGGCUAAUUUGAGUCAUACUCAAUCAUCUAGCGGAGGAGAUCACAUGGCGGAGAUUGGUAGCAUCAGCGAAACAUUCCAUCAGGCCAGGAAUAGAAGUGGUACACUUGGAGAUUCUACAUUUAGCGAGGCAUUUCCGGAGUCUGGCCUGAUCGCCCCCAUUGUCAAGUAUGAUACCGUCUGA